GAUGAAAUAUGUCGAAUUUUAUUAUUGACUUUUUCAAUAUGAUAAAGAAUUAGCGAAUAAUUAUAAAUAUAUUUAUCACAUUGAUUUGUGACUUUUUAAAAUGAAUUGUCAUCAAAUUGUUAGUGGUGCUUGCAAUGCUGGGGAUAGAUGUUUUGCCGUUGGAAGUGUAGAAGGUGUAUCAUUUACUGCAUAUGCUGCUGGAUGUAACAUAGUAAUUCUUGCUUCAAACUUCGAAAGAGUUCAAAUUAUACCUGGUGCUGUACAUGGAUACAUACGAAUUAGUUCCUUGGAUUGUUCAACAGAUACUGGAAAAAUUGCAGCUGCUUAUGAGAAUACUGUAUGCAUAUUUGAGCCAACACCACUUAUUCAUGGUUCCAGCACCCAUGGCCUUGAAUAUCGUUGGGUUCAAACUGGAAGUUUACGUUCAGAUUCUUAUAUUGCUUGCCUUAGUUGGAACUUAGAAGGUACACGACUCCUUACCGGUGGUAUAAUCUUACAACUUUGGCAACAACCUCAUCCAGAACACUUCGAAGAAAUACAUGGCGGAGUUACAUUUGAAUUGGGUGAACCUGCUACUGAAACUAUGCAAGAAGAAAAAGAUAACUCAUCAAAUGCGAGUGGUGAUGCCGGUGGUGUUGCUACUGGAGGAUGGGAAUGUGUUUGGAAUUGUAAAACAGCUACACCUGUCCAUCAUAUGGCUUUCAGUCCAGAUGGAACAUUAUUUGCGACUGCUGGUAGAAAUGAUCGUUUAGUAAAAAUAUGGUUUGAAAAUAAAUUUAUAAUGCUUCCACAAUCACGGAGUAUGGACCAUACGAGUACUUUAUCCAGCGAAUUACAAUAUGGUUUCGUAUAUAUCGCUCAUCCACGUGCUGUUACUCAUUUAGCUUGGAGACGUACUAGUAAAUAUAUGCCGAAGGGCUCAGUUGCAAACACAUUAGUUACAUCAUGUCUAGAUAAUAUUUGUCGUGUAUGGUUAGAAACAGUACCACCAGAUGAUUCUGGAAGUGGUGGUAUACCUGGUGUGAAUAUGGAACCAGGACGACGUGCUAAAUAUCGAGCUCAUAGACAUAAACAUCGAUUUGUUCAACGACUUAAACAUAUGAAAACCUGUUUCCAUAUUCGUCGUCAUGCUAAGCAACAAAGUUUUGGACAACAGAGUGGUGUAGGAAAUACUCCACCAAUACCAACAUUACCUUCAACGUAUAGUGUUCAUGACUUCCAUUCAUAUGGCUAUCACGGUUCUGGCGUGAGUGCUGGUUUACAUUUUCAUUUGGCUGCUAGCAUUAAUGCAGAAACUGAUAUACCUUUGGUUCCAAGUCUUGGAAUCGUAACUGGUACUAAUCAUGGUGAUGGUACUUCAGCACCACCUUCAUUUGUUUUACACUGGUUAGACAAUAAAGAAAUGCAUUUUAGUUUACAAGCUGAAGCAUUGUUACAUGAUUUAACGAAAAAAGUGCUGGAAACCGAUGAAGAUCCUGAAAUUACUUAUAAAAAACGAAGUGGUACUUCUGAAGAUGGUACUUCAGGUUGUGAUAGUGGUCUAGAUAGUAGUUUGGAUGCACGUAUUGAAAGUUUAUUACGCGAUUGGCAUCACAGUCCUGAUUUAUUAUUUAGUGUGCAUCCAAUUGACGGAAGCUUCCUCAUCUGGAUGAUCGAAUGGUUAGAUGAAUUUCAUCCUGGUUCAUUUCGUCAAGCACAAGUAUCAUUUAGCACAAGAAUACCUGGUGCAUUUCCAUUGGGUGAUGCAAUGAGUAUGUCAACAAAUGUUAGUUUAUAUCAUGCCAGUGGAUUACAUGCAAUACAUUUAAAAGACGCGAUACGACACAUCCACAGUACGUAAUUAAUUUACAGAAAUAAAAAAUAAAAUGAUAUUAAGACCGGCGUUGAAGCAGGCAGUGGAAGUCCUUUACCGAAAGUAUUAGAAGAAGAUUCAGAAAGUGUUGAGUUGCAAAAUACUACAGAAUCCACUCACGUAUCGUUACAACAAGCUGUUAGUCAAAUUGAAAAUGCGAACAAUGAACAACAACAAAAUUCAACUACAUCACAAUCGGAUGCCGUAAAUCCGGCACCAACUAUAUCUAUGGUCAGUAAACAUUCGAAUGGUACACUAAAUUUAUGGGAGUUGACAUUCGCCGACAAAAGUAAAUUUUCACAAGUAUUAAGUAUAGCACAUUCAAGUCGUGCAUCUGGUCAUCGUUUCCGUGUAAAUGAUAUAACAUGUCAUCCAGUAUUACCACUUUUAUUAACUACUAGUCAUCAUAAUAUGCCAGUGAUAUUCAUUACUGUCUAUACAGGGUAUUUCAACAAUAAACUCAGUUUUUAUUUUUUUUUAUUUUAGGGUUUUUGCAGUGAGCUAAUUUUAUGGCGAGUUGAUGCUGUUGGACCAUUAUCUAAAUCUGGUGGUGUUAAUGAAUUAGCUAGAAUAAAUUCCCCACAAAUUUCUGCUUUUUCAAAUGUGGCUUGGAUUCCAACUCUAUUACCUAGCACAACAUUAGGAAAUUUAAGUAACUCGCCAAGUGCAUGUUUCGUCGCUAGUGAUGGAGAAAGUUUACGUGUAUAUCAAGCUGUUAUUGAUGCACGAACACUUCUGGCAGAAAUAUCUAUAUCAGAACGUCGUAGCAGAUUACGUGCAUCCGCAUCAUUAGAUAGUUUGUCGUCACAUGAAGCGGAUAGCUCUGAUGAUGGUUUACAUCAUCAUUUUCCAUUACAUGAUAAAAUUAAAAUUGUGUCAGAACAAUCAACAGCCCGACCUGGUUGUGUUAUACAAUUGGAUGCUAUUGCCGACGCUACACAUGAUUGGCAAAAUACACAAUUUCUCCACGUGUUCCAGGAACAACUAAUCACAGGUAUAGAAAAUUUAUCUCCUUUAGCAGAAUAUAGAGAUAUCUUUCAAAGCAGUGUAAUUGGUUUAACUGAAGCCCAACAGCAUGGUGGUGCAAUGGUCGAUUUACAUAGGACAAGUGAAUUCGAAGAACCAUUUUAUAUUGUGGUUUUAGAACGUACCAUGAAUGGUACUACAGUACACAUGUGGCGAUUAGUAAUUGCUUCACAACCAGAUCCAGUGGAUGCUGGCCAAGGUCUUACUGGUAGUAUGAUGUAUGUACCGGAUAGUGACCUAGUUCAAGAUGAUGAUGAAGCUGAUCGAGAUAGUGGAACCGAUGUACAAGGUGACGGAAAUGGAAUAAAUCCAUGUGCACCUCAUGUAACAAUAUCUACCCGUAAAGUGUGUGAACAAGCUCUUCCAUUACCUGAUGGUGUUGAAGUAGUUCAUGCUGCUCCGGCUGCUGGUCAUUUAAGUUCAGCAUCAAUUUAUCCAGCAUGUUUAGCACCAUAUGUGCUUGUAACCGCUUGUUCAGAUUCAACAGUGCGUUUCUGGAAAUGUGGUGACGAUUAUAAAUGGAAACAAUGGGAAAUGGUUAGAAGGGAACAAGAAUCAACAAUAGAUAUCGGUGGACAACCUUUAAACGUGUGUGCUGCAUAUUCAGGACGUGUUGCUUGUGCGUACAAAUAUGGACGUAGUUUUACACGACCAGGCAAAGCUGAUCCAGAAUCACGUUACGUAAAUCUUUGUGUUGCAAUCUACGAAUGUGAAAGUACUGGUGGUUCAGAAUGGGUCCUUGAAGAUACUAUUCAUUUAAAAAAUAUACAUUUACCACGUAUCCAAAUUGAUCCACAUUUGGAUUUAAGUUAUCUGUAUGAUUCGAAGUAUUUACAAAAGAAGCAACGUUUAACACAAGUUUUACAUACGUUAUCUCAUGACGAACCGCGUCCACGCAACAAUGAUUUACAGGUAUUUAUACCAUAUAUACACUUAAUAUAUCAAGGUAUACUAAGUUCAAGCACAUUAUUAGCAGUACCCAGUUUUAGUACUCUACAAUCAUUACGAAAAUCAAUUUCUGAAAAUGGAAAUACAUGUCCGUUAACACAAAAACAUUUGGUGCAAUUAGAUUGGGUAUCUAAAGAAGAUGGAAGUCAUAUUCUUACUGUCGCUGUUGGUAGUAAAAUAAUGUUAUUUACACCGGUUUCAAGUGAUUUAGCUCAAGCAAAUAUGAAGGCAAUGAAAGAAUCCCAAUCAACAAAUCGUCCAAUAUUACGUAAAGCAUCAUCGUUAGCUCAACCUCAUUUCGUCGAUGAAAUACGUUGGAUGAAAUUAAGAAAAAUACUAUUAGAAACUGCAGAUGGUUUACCCCCAUUACCAAUGCAAAUAUCAUGGGUCCGUGAUGGUAUAUUAGUUGUUGGUAUGGAUUCUGAAAUGCAUGUUUAUACACAAUGGAAACCGCGCAAACCAUCUUGGAAUAUGAACAAUUUACAAAACGGAAAUGAUACAGAAGAAUCACAAGAUACACGACAAUUACGUGAUGUCGAUUUACGUGUUCUUGUACAAGAGAGUACACAACGACGUUUAGGACCCACAACUUCAAUGACCCAUUUAUCACGUGUUAGUUCAGUGAAUUUACAAAUAUUAUCGUCUGAUAGUCGUAAAAAACGUACGGGAAAUGCAAAUUCAGGGCCUGCAGCAUCUACAGACUAUAUGCCUGAUUAUGGUCUAUUUGAAGCGUCACGCAUUGCUUGUCCUGUUUUACCACAAUAUCAUCCUAAACAACUUAUGGAGCUGUUAAAUUCGGGGAAAAUUCGUUGGGUUAAAGCAAUUCUAGCACAUUUAGUACGUUGUAUUGGAGGUCCGGGUAUGCGCCCUGGUCUAACUGAAGAUGAAGAAUCAAGUGUAGCUCGCGGUUGGUCACGUGCGCGUACAUUAUCAGUUGGAUGUGGUGUUGCUGGCAGUCCAGAACCUCGAGGUUCAACUGCAGGUACAACACAAUUACCCGAUGAUAUGAUUUGUUUAGAUUAUGCUGAAAUUUCAUCAAUACCUCCACUACCAUUAUGGACAUUAUUAGCUGCUGAUCGAGAGAAAACUGGUAGUGCUACCAAUGAUGAACAACCUGGAUAUGAUGAGCUAUUCGAUGGUGCUCCUGCAGAAGAUUCAUUAGAUGACAUAUUAGAAGAUGAUGAAAUGGACAGAAGCACUAGUCGACGUACAGAUCGUAGAGGAUCGUUACCUGAACGGCAAUCACUUGCUCAUUUUGGACCACGUCAAGGGAGAACUUUAUCACGUUUAUUAACUCAUACACAUUUGCCUGGUUUGUCCAGUUUAGAUCAAAUGCACUUAUUGGCAUUAGCCGAUACUGUUGCUACAUGUAACACCGAUUUAGCUGAACGUUUUGCUAUCGAUGCAGCUAAAACUGCAUUGGCUAAAGAGAAUUUACAUGGUGUUGUACAAUCUGAUGAUAUGUCCACUGAAUCAUUGGAUGAAUGUGGAUUAAGAUUUUUAUUAGCAAUGAAACAUUAUGGAUAUUUAUUACGAUGUUUGCCAUUGGCUCAACGUGCUCAAUUUCAACGUCAAGGUGUUGGUACCAAUAAUUUAGCAUGGGCUUAUCAUUCAGAAAGUCAAAAUGAAUUAUUGAAUCUGAUACCUAGUUAUGCAAAGGGCCAACCGAAAUGGGUUACCCUAAAAGAAUUAGGUGUUGGAUGGUGGCUAAGAAGUAAUACUUUAUUAAAAACAUGCGUUGAGAAAUUAGCCAAAGCGGCUUACCAAGCAAAUCAAGAUCCAUUAGAUGCUGCCAUAUAUUAUCUAGCAAUGAAGAAAAAAUCUGUUGUUUGGGGAUUGUUUAGAUCGCAACGUGACGAUCGUAUGACAGCAUUCUUUUCCAAUAAUUUCGCUGAAGAACGUUGGCGAAAAGCUGCCCUCAAAAAUGCAUUUGCUCUAUUAGGUAAACAACGUUUCGAUCAUGCUGCCGCAUUCUUUCUCUUAGCCGGUGCUCUUCGUGAUGCUAUAGACGUAUGCCUAAAUAAAUUAGACGAUUUACAAUUAGCAAUGGUUAUUGCACGUUUAUACGAAGGUGAACUUGAUGCAGCCCCGAAUAGCUUAAAACGUUUAUUAUAUGAAGAGAUAUUAGGAUGUGAUGCCCAAGGAAAUAAUUUCGAUAUAACCAAAGCACAUCCUGAUCCAUUUUUACGUUCAAUGGCAUUGUGGACACUAAAAGAUCAUCAAGCUGCCUUGAGUACGUUAUUAGUUGGUGGAGCUGGUUCAAUGCAUCCUGCAACACCAAACGAUGACAUCACACAUUCUAGACCUGAAUCGAAUUCAGCCGAUCCAAAUGUAUUUAACUUUUAUGUAUAUUUACGUACUCAUCCGCUAAUCGUACGUCAACAUGUUGCCAUGUCUGCACAAGAUCGUAAAAAAGCAUCACAUUUGGUGUUAUCCGGUUUCAGUUAUAGUAGCAAACAUACUGAAAAUACCGAUAAACAAAUUUUAUUGGAAGAUACGAUAACACCAUUAGAACGACAAUUAUAUUUUACAACUGCACAUGGGCAUUUUAAAGCUGGUUGUCCAGCACUUGCAUUGGAUGUUCUUAGUAAAUUACCGACAAAAGUUGCUGAUAAUAGUCUUAGUCAACAAGAAUCACUUGAUUCACCGGGUAUUUUAAAAAGCCCGUUGAAAUCACAUCAGCAAAAUAUUCAAAUUGAUUCGGGAAUGUUAAGUUGGAAUGAUCAACCAUCAAAAACGGAUGAUGUCCCACACAAAGCUGAUUCAAUUGAUUGGGGUUCAUCAAUGGCUGCAAAUACAAUGGCCCAAGCUGAUUCAUUUGAUUGGUCAGCUCCUGUUACAAAUUUGACUACAGAUGAUCUAGAAUUAAAGUGGGAUGAUGAUGAAAAUGCCAGUGAGAAAUCGGGUGAUUCAACGCCACCAAUUGCAUUGAAAUUAGAUGAGAAAGAAAAAAGUUCUUCAAGAGAUGAUGAUGCAGUCUGUACAGCUUCUUCCCCGUCACAAUCUGGAGGUCAUCUUGAUAUAAUGGCUCAGCAAUUAAAAUUUGUUGCGUGUUUAAAAAUAUUAAUGGAAGAAUUAUCCACAUUAGCUACUGGAUUUGAAGUAGAUGGUGGCCAAUUACGUUACCAAUUAUAUAUAUGGCUAGAACAUGAAGUUGAAGCUUUACGUCAAUUGUGCAAUUAUAGUGUUACGAGUCGUGAUGCAUCUGAUCCAAAUGAAACAAUUGGGCAAGACGAAAGUGUACUAAACGAACAAGAGAUAAUACCAAUUAAAGAAGAAAAAUUAACGUUACAUGAAAUUUUAAUGCAAGAGAAAUUAGAUUUUGAAGCAAAAGUACAACGAGCAGCGCGUAGAAAACGAUGGUUAAAAGCGAACGAAACCCUAUUACGCACAUUAGUCAGUUAUUGUUCAUUACACGGAGCCGCUGGUGGAGGCUUAGCUUCUGUAAGAAUGGAAUUAGUAUUAUUAUUACAAGAAUUACAACAAGAAAAAACCCAACAGCAAUUAUUUAGUCCAUUGCCAUUCCCAACAACUUUACCAUUAUUAUCAGCUAGUGUUGCAUGUAGUAAAACUGUUGUUGCUGAUCCAGUUCGACAUUUACAAGCACACGCACAUGAUAUGCUACAAAUAUUUAUCGAAUUCAAUAGUGUACCACAAUCUGGAGAUGCUGAUUCGCAAAUUUUAGUUCUACGUGAUCUUGCAGUUGCCUUAUCAGCUUGUAUAUACCAAUGUUUAUGUGAUUCAGAUUCAUUUAGUACAAAACAAGCGGUUGCUUGCGACAGAUUUUCGAGUGCAGGAAUGGAGAGUUUAGCUCGUAUUAGUGGAUAUGGAGUCGCACAUCAUCUAGUUGGCGGUCGCAGUCGAUUGUCAACAGAUGAACCAUUAAUUGCAACUACACCACCAGCUCGUUGGCCUGGUGUGGCGAGUUUACGUGCAUUAUUAGCUCGAGAGCGUGACGAUGAUGCACCCAGACUUGGUGUUUUAUUAUCUGAAUCAUUUGUUGCUGUUUAUAGUGCUCUUCUUGUCUAUGCACUGUCAACUUGCGAUGCACAGAUUUUGUAUAGAAUUGUUGCACACAACUUCGAUGAACGAACUUGGUCGCUCUUAUUUGGCGGUGGUGUUAAGAAAUUAUUACGAACAGCUAGUAAUCAAUCAAAUACUGAAAGAGAACGCCAAGUUUCUGAAUCAAGUACAGAUGGUGUUACUGGUGUAUGGGGUUCAUUAGCUAAACAACGUGCCAGAUUGAAUCAACGGUUACUCGGUCAAGCUGGUACACCACCAAACGCUGGUAAUAUGAAAGAAGAUAAACCUACGUAUCGAGAACAGUUUGUUCCACCGGUCAUGUCAAUGAUUUCCUAUUUUUUGGCUAAGCCAGAAGAUGUUGAUUGCGAUUAUGAUUCAGCUGAGAGUUGUGCGACAGAAUCCGAUCAUGAAUCAACUGAUGAUGAAGAUGUUUUCGGUACAUCAGAUAUACCAACAACAAACGGUUCCACAAAUGCAUCGUUACGAAAACGGAAAGUGUCCAAGGAUAAUAUGCAACAUGCUGAUCCAAAAUCAUUAGCGUGGGCAAUUAUGCGACAUGCUGUACUUAAAAUUGCCCAUUUACAGCUGACUAAAUUUUUACCAAUCACUGGUUUGGAAGCACAUGAACUUCCUGUCAGUUCACCAUUAAUUCAUAAUGCUCUACGAACAAUUGCACGUUGGCAGGAAAUGAGUCGAGCUGAUCUAGAGUCACGAGGUCAAUCACCACCUGAUUUUAUUCCCGGAUGUUUUGUGGAACAACAACCUGGUCCAGCCAUACAUAAAUAUCGACAGCUAUUAGAACCACAUAAUACACCAUUUAGUACACGUCAUCAAGCUGCAUCUGCUAGACGUUUAUGGACAUUUUUAGUGCGUCAAGAACCAGUACAGGAUGUAUUUAUACGAGCUGUGUUUAGUAAACGGCGUUCAAUGUGUGCUAUAUGUGAACCACCUCCUCCACUAUCAGAUGAAAGUACUCCAGGCACCGGUGCUACAAGCCCAGAUGGUCCACCACAACAUCAUUCUGAUCCAGUUCGAAUUAUUCAUAAAGAACAAGAUUCAAUAUCUGCAUUCUGUCUAAAUCAAGUAAAUAAUGGUCUAUUAGCUUUAGCAACUCCACGUGAAAUCCAAGAAAUGGAUAUAUCUUUAUUGUUGGAAUUACCAGCAUGGCUAGAAGAUGAAUGCGAAUUGGAUAUUUUAAGUUUGUCGAUGAAAUCUGACAGUGGAGCACAAACACAACCAUCUAGUUUUCUUGUUAUACAAACCCCAUCAGAUCGAAUUCCUGGUACACCAACGCAACAAGGUAAUAGUGUACCGCCAUCACCACAACCACAAGUAGCUGGCCAAUCAGGAAGAGGAACAUCUGUUGUUCUUAAGCAUAAAAUUGAUGGAGUUCGUCGUAUUAGUGCACAUCCAUUAUUACCAUUAUAUUUAACUGGUAGCCAAGAUGGAUCUGUACAAUUAUGGGAAUGGGGUCAUACAGUACCUGUAAGUACUCCACGGCCACCUGGUACAUUUGCAAAAGUAACACGUGUUCGAUUCUCACAACAUGGUAAUAAAUUUGGUGUUGCGGACUCUGAUGGUAAUCUUAGUUUAUGGCAAUUGGGUCUUACAUCAAACAAUAAUCGACCGUUCUUUACUUAUCAAUGCCAUAACAAAGGAAUCAGCGAUUUUGUAUUCUUAGGCUCAUGCAGUUUGAUUGCAACUGCUGGCCAUAGUUCAGAAAACAAAAAUGUUGCUUUAUGGGAUACACUAUUACCGCAAAAGAAAUCUUUAGUAAUCGCUUUUACAUGUCAUGAACAAGGUGCAAGUAGUUUGGUGUUUGCACCACAGCAUCAAUUAUUAAUAUCUGCGGGUAAAAAGGGUGAUAUUAGUUUGUUAGAUGUAAGAGCGCGUGCUCUACGUCAUCGUUUUGUUGCACAUGAAUCACCUGUUAAAUGUCUUGCAAUUGAUCCACAAGAAGAAUUCUUUGUAACUGGUUCAGCUGAUGGAGAUAUUAAGGUCUGGGGUUUAUCAGCACAUAGUUUAUUAAUGUCAUUACCUGGUGAACAUGCACGCGGCAGCUUUUUUAAGAAUAUUGGACAAGGUGUUACACAAUUACAUGUUGAUAAUGCAGGUAGAUUAUUUUCAUGUGGAGCUGAUGGUAGCAUGAAAUUUAGACAAUUACCAGAUCGAGAUCUUGUUGUACAAUCAUCUCUAUCAUAAACAAAUAAAUAAUUAUUCCACGUGUGUUUAAAUAU